AUGGAGAAACGAAAAAGAAUAAGAAAGUUUAGUAGAGUUAUAAUUCCAUAUUUAAUAGCAGAGUUAGAAAUGGAAAUAAAUAACAAGAAAAAACGAAUUUGGUCAAGGCAAUGGUUGCUGCGAAGACAGCACGGGGCGUCAGCUACGAUAAUAAAAGAAUUAGAAAACGAAGAUACAAAAGAAUACAGAUUAUUUCUAAGAAUGAAUCUUGAACAAUUCAGUGCAAUAUUAGAAAAUAUAUCUGCCGUCAUUGCAAAAUCAGACACAAUUAUGCGAGAUUCAAUACCAGCAAAAAUAAAAUUGCAAAUAACACUGACAUAUCUAGCUACAGGAAACAAUUAUCGCACGUUGCAACAUUUGUUUCGUGUAUCAAAGUCGGCAAUAUCGCGUUUUAUCCCUGAAGUUUUAGAUGCAGUUUAUAGCUAUUUAAAGGAAUACAUAAAGGUUCCAGCAAAUCAGGAAGAAUGGAAAGUUAUAGAAAACGGAUUCAGGAUUAGAUGGAAUUUUCCUGGAUGUUGUGGUGUGAUCGAUGGAAAGCACGUAGCAAUCCAAGCACCUGGUCAUUGUGGCAGUGAAUUUUGGAAUUACAAAGGGACGAACAGUAUUGUUUUGAUGGCGAUCGUCAAUCAUGACUACUGUUUCAGUUAUAUUAAUACUGGCGCAACAGGAAGAAACUCUGAUGGUGGUAUUUUCAGAAACUGCUCAAUAUACCAUGAACUGGAAAAUGGCGGUAUCUUACCAGAUGGAGGGCUCUUAGACGAGGAAUCACAUUACCAGUUUCAAGAAGACGUUAUGAAACUUAAACGAAUGUUCUUCUGUGCCGGUGGGGAAAACGCCGACGGUAAAUGCGUCGAGCUCUAG